CCAGUGAUAAUUUGAAUCACAUUUACAGUUUAUUAAAGCCCUCCAGCAUCGCGUUCGACGGUUUGGACACGGUAGCAGCUCGUUAAGGUAUGGAAUAUGGCAGCAACUGAACCGCAGCUUAUGUUAAGCGUCGGAUUAAUUGAGAAAGAUGUGAAUGGAGACACUCUGUGGGUGUGGUGUUAUCCAUCAGUGGAUUCACAGCUCAGGCAGGUUCUGCUCAAAUGCUGUCUGACACAGGACGGCCGGGAUUUCCACACCUUUGUGUUCGGUCAGUUCUGUCGCACCUGGUACUACAUCACCACAGUCGAGGUACAGGAACCGACAGCUCUCAGUAAGGUACAGUGUGACUCAUUUUCAAUCGUUGUUACAGCGAAAGACUUUAAUCCUGAGAAGUAUGCCGCUCUUAGCAGAAUACUCUGCAGGAUGUACGUCAAACACGGCAGUCCGGUAAAAAUGAUGGAGGCUUACAUCACCGUCCUCACCAAAGGCAUCUGCCAGAGCGACGAGAACGGAUCAUUUCUAAUCAAAGACUACGACGUUCGGAAGGCGUAUUUGGCCGGUUCAGUCAAGGUAAAGUCUGACGUGGUGUCUCAGUUCGGUAUGGAGACCAUCAUCCUCUACACCGCCCUCAUGCUGAAGAAGAGGAUCGUGGUCCAUCACCCUCGUAUCGAAGCGCUGCUGGAGUUUACAAGAGUUCUUCCGGCUCUGACGUGGCACAGGAAGGACUGGUCCAUCCUGCAUCCAUAUGUGCACCUGACUGAAACUGAACUGGAGGAUUUAAGCAGAUGCCCUGGGUACGUAGCAGGAUUCGUCGACCCGGAGGUGAGCAACAGAUCGGAUCUGUUUGAUGUGUACGUCAACCUUCCAGACAGCGUCAUCACCGUGUCCCAGAGCGCCAAAGAGGCCAUGGCCAUGGGGAAGCUGCACAAAGACAUCGGCCAUCUCAUCGUCCAGUCGGCUGAGGACACUGACCGCUCCGACAGUCAGGUCAUUAAGGACAUUUCAGUGAAGACCAAAGAGAUUCUGUCCAACCUGGUCUCCUUGGCCAAUGAGUGCGACGACUCCAAACUCACGCUGGACGCCUUAAAGCAGCAUCAUUUCCCUCCUGCCACGGAGAACUUCCUGUUCCAUUUGGCGGCUGCCGAGCAGCUCUUACGGAUAUGAGCCGGUCUGCGUGUGCGGUUCUACCGACAGACUGUGUCAUCUGGUUCGUAGAACGCCGUCACAGCGCGGGGAUUUUAGAGAGUUUUAGCCGUUCACUGCGCCGAUAAUUUACAGUUUGACUCAGAGUUUGUACUAAUAUCACAAUGUUUUAUGUUGUCAGAUUAAUAUUGGCUCUUACUGACAAAAAAAAAAAUUACAGUUAAUGUGUUUUUAUAAAUCUAAUAAAAUAUAGAUUUAGUGGAAAAAGAAGCGACACAGUCCAUAGGUGUGCACUGCCCAGCGUCGGUAUGGCAUUAAAGUGGGCUCAUAUGACACUGUGAAACAUGUGGAAACAGUUUAUAAUAUUAAGACGACAGAGACUGCGUUGUUCGUGGUUAUUAGAUCACAGCUCCAGGAGACGUUGCACAACAUGUGGUUUAUUAUCAUUUUUGUAACAAUGACACAUUUUUGUAUUUUACUAAUGAUCUGCACACGACUUGAAUCCAGGCCGUCGGUGUUGUGAUGUGGACAUUUUAUUUACACGUUUGAGUAGAAGAGCUUCCUCAUCAGAUGCUUCCGUUCAUCCGAUGAGUUUUUCUGCUUCACGUGUUCAACGUCCAGGUUCUGUCUUUUUUUAAUUGCGCAUCGUUAACGCCAACAUUUGAGCUUUUAAAUACGUUCUCAUCCACGUUGCCAAACAGACGGUUCUGUGCCUCAGUAUUAGACAUGAUCCUUAUAGCAUUUAUGUGCAUUCCAGCUCAGUGAUUUUGUGUUUAAAUGACAUUAAAAUGUGUGUCAACUUGUAUAUUUUCUGCAUAAUUAAUCGAAUUAUUAACCCAUAAAAACCCAAACAUCCACUGGUGACCAAAACCAUCUACUGACCUAAACUGUUUAAUACCUGUUGAUCCACUAAUCCUAUCAAUACAUGUAAAUAAUUGGUAUAAAUAUAC